AUGGCUACUCCGGAGACAGAACUAGACUAUCUCUCGCCAGGCUUCGAUCCCUCCUCGCUUACCAUGCCCAAGCUGCGUUCAGUGCUCGUAGCCCACAACGUCGCCUACCCCUCCUCAGCAAAGAAGCCGCAGCUCGUCGCCCUGUUCAACGAGAACGUGAAGCCGCAAGCGAAGAACAUACUCAGCGCGCGCUCCCGCACCACGCGCUCGGCAAGAGGCAUCCAAGAUGUGCCGUCCAGCCAAGCCAGUACUGUCACCGAGGAAGAAGAAGUCGAGCCCCCGCCGCCAGUGCAGCCUGCAAAACGCGCAUCUAGACGGACCACUAGAGCGCCACCUGACGAGGACGGCUUGGAUGCGGUAGCGCUUGGCCUAACGGCCAGCAAGACACCUAAGCGGGGAUCCAGCAAGCAUGCGCGGGCUUCGGACGCAGAGCCAGACGAGCGGCCAGCCGUAAGACGGUCACGACAUAGCAUGCUUUCGCCGGAGAAAAGGGCUGAGGAGCCGGAUGCCGGACAGUAUCGGCCGGAAGAAGGCGAGAGCCCGUUUACUACAGACAACCCUUUUCAGAGCGGGAGCUCGCCCGUGCCGGAAAUCCGGAGCCGGAGCGGCGAUGGGCGGCGGAAGACGUUCGGAGUGGAGCCUGCAAGAGAGAGGAGAAAGAGCAGUUCAGGGAGACGCAAGACGGACUAUGUCACUAGGGAGCAACGAGACGACGGAAUUGUUCCGCCCUCACGGAAGACCUUUGACGUGCCAAUUGCCCGAGCAAAGAAAGAGAGGGAACCACCAGAAGAUGAUGCAAUCGAGACUGGGGAGGAAUUCACCCCGGAAGAGCAGCUUGCCCUAGUUCGUGAACGCGCUAGCAACGGGGAGCGGGACAUCCUGCCACCGCGUCGAAAGGCGCGAGCACAAGGCCCGACCGGCAUACUCAAAGUUGCGCCCUUGGCGGUGACCCUUGCGAUGCUCGGGGGCCUAGCAACGGUAUGGCGGCAGGAGAAGAUAGAAGUCGGAUACUGCGGCGUCGGCAGGCCAUCGACUUCGCUUGCGGGAGUGGAACUGCCCGACUGGGCGAGCAUCAUACAGCCGCAAUGCGAGCCGUGUCCACAACAUGCGUAUUGCUACCCUGAGCUCAGAACAGUGUGCGAGCCGGACUUUGUACUCAAGCCACAUCCUCUAUCACUCGGCGGGUUGGUGCCGCUUCCACCCACGUGCGAGCCAGACGGCGAGAAGUCACGCAAGGUCAAGGCGGUAGCGGACCGGGCUGUGGAGGAGCUGCGCGAACGAAAUGCGAAGUGGGAAUGCGGCGAACUCCUCGACGAAGACGGGAGACACAUACCGUUGCCCGAACUAGACGAAGAAGCGCUGAAGCAAGAGAUGUCCAACAAGCGCCGAAAAGGCAUGUCCCAGUCCGAAUUCGAAGACCUAUGGAAAGGCGCCAUCGGCGAGAUCACCGGCAGAGAGGAAGUCGAAUCCAACAUCGACGGAGAAGGAAACCGCAGGACCCUCCGCUCCACCUCCCUCGCCCGCGUCCCCCUCGCCUGCGCCAUCAGACGAUCCAUCCGCCUCGCGCUGGUCAGACAUCUUGGGAAGCUUGUAAUCCUGUUCCUAUUCCUGGCCUCAGGUGGCUACGCGCGCUGGAGCAUCGCUUACAACCGCGAGAUGGAAGCCAGGGCGAAGCAGCUGGCAUCGUAUGCGCUGGAUAGGCUGGCUGUGCAGGCGGCGCUGCAUGCACAGGACCCGCAUGCUUAUGGCGAGGCGUACAUCCCCAUGGGCCAGCUCAGAGACGAUGUCUUGCGCGAUGAGUUCUCGGCUACGAGGAGGCAGAGGCUCUGGGAACGUGUGCAGAAGAAGGUGGAGGGCAAUAGCAACAUUAGACCCAUGGUCCGGGAAGGCCGCUCUGGCGAUGUCAGCAGGGUGUGGGAGUGGGUAGGCGCAAUCAGGGCUAUUGAGGGUGUUGAUGGCGGGAGUGCCCGGAGGGAAAGUUCAAGGUUCAGUUUUGGGCCGAUUGCUGGCAGUAGUCCUGCUGUUGGGAGCAGUUUAAUCGUGGGCAGUAGUCCGAUCAAGGAGGAUGAGGGGAUCAAGAGGGAGAUGAUGCAGAUGAACAAGUGGGACGAGGGACGGCCGAUCUACUGA